AUGGUUGUAGAGGCGGAUUCAGAAACUGAACCCAUUACCAUUGACGAGAUCAAAACGAUCGCCAAGAAGAAGCUCAGCAAGCAAGCGUGGGACUACUACAUCACGGGAGUUGGCCCAGAGCUCACCCUGCAGCGCAAUGAAGCCAUUUUUGACAAGCUCUUCCUGCGACCACGGGUCCUGCGCAACGUCAGUGGUGUAGACACAACGACGACUAUAUUCGGGAAACGGUACGCAUUCCCUGUAGCUAUCGCCCCCUCGGCAUAUCAGAAACUAUGCCACGAAAAUGGCGAGGUGGCUAUGUCGCGAGCAGCAAGGAAACUUGGGACGAAUUUCAUCCUUUCGUCGAAUGCUACCACAUCGAUGGAAGAAGUGAUGCAAGAGUCCCCAGCCUCGACGGCUCAAGCGCCGAAUUUCUGGUUUCAACUGUAUGUCUUGAGGAACAGAGCCGUCGCAGCGGAGCUUAUUCGGAAAGCUGAGACCGCUGGCUACGAAGCACUUUGUGUUACUGUCGACACGCCGAUCAUGGGCAAUCGCUUGCACGAGAGAAGGGCGCCCAUGACGCUGCCGCCACAUCUCACACGCGCCAAUCUCAGCACAGAAAAGGGAUCCGGUUCGAGCAAGAUCCGUUUGGUUUUGACAGCCAAGACCGCAGCAGAGGCAAAACGCAUCUCUGAGCAGCACUCUGCGAAUCUCAACGACGACACUCUGACAUGGGAGGAGUUUAUCCCAUGGUUGAAAGCCCAAACCAAGCUCAAGAUCGUAUUGAAAGGAGUUUUAACAGCAGAAGAUGCGCUGUUGGCGGCCGAGCUGGGUGUCGACGGUAUCGUCGUAUCAAACCAUGGCGGUAGACAGCUCGAUGGGGUUCCCUCAACAUUAGAGACCCUCCCAGAAAUUGCUGCCGCAGUCAAAGGACGAAUACCCGUAGUCUUUGAUGGCGGCAUUACAAAAGGCAGUGAUGUGUUCAAGGCUCUAGCACUGGGGGCGGAUCUGUGCUUGAUCGGUCGCUCAGCUCUUUGGGGGCUCGCGUACAAAGGUCAGGAGGGUGUGGAGGAUGUCCUGCAUCUGCUCGAACGAGAUUUGUGGCGGACCAUGGUGCUAAUGGGUGCGAGAUCCGUGCAGCAAAUUUCUAGAGAUAUGCUUGGCGUUGCUAAAAAGGAUGAUUUUGGUAUUGCGAAGCUGUGA